GCCGAGGAGGCCUGCCCGUGAGGGAGCCCCGCGCGGCCUGCCUCGCUCCCCGUCCAAUGCGCCUGCGCGAGGCCGAGGCGUCCUUGGGCUGCCGCCGUGGACGGCGCGGGAAGGAGGAGCAGCGGCCGCAGCCGGAGGGCGGCUCGGGGCGGGCAAGAUGCAGGGCUGGAGCCGCGUCUGCUGCGCCCUCGGCCAGAGAAGUCAUUUUAGCCGAAUUCAGGGCUUACAAGGUUUUUCUGCAGUGCCUUUGAGGACUUAUGCUGAUCAAGUUGAUGCUGAUGUUACAGUCAUUGGAUCUGGUCCUGGGGGAUAUGUUGCUGCUAUAAAAGCUGCUCAGCUUGGCUUUAAGACUGUUUGUGUGGAGAAAAAUGAAACAUUAGGUGGAACCUGUUUGAAUGUUGGAUGUAUACCUUCCAAGGCCUUACUAAACAAUUCACACCUAUAUCAUUUGGCCCAUGGCAAAGACUUUGCUAGUAGAGGAAUUGAGAUUACAGGGCUGAGAUUGAAUUUGGAGAAGAUGAUGGAACAGAAGAGUGGUGCAGUGAAGGCUUUAACAGGUGGAAUUGCUCAUUUAUUUAAACAGAAUAAGGUGACACACGUAUCCGGUCAUGGAAAAAUAACAGGGAAAAAUCAAGUCACAGCAACUAAAGAUGAUGGCAGCAAUCAGGUUAUUAAUACAAAGAAUAUUCUCAUUGCUACAGGCUCAGACGUAACACCUUUCCCUGGAAUUACGAUUGAUGAGGAGACGGUUGUAUCAUCAACCGGUGCAUUAUCUUUAAAAAAAGUCCCUGAAAAAAUGGUGGUCAUUGGUGCAGGAGUCAUUGGUGUGGAACUGGGUUCGGUGUGGCAGCGUCUGGGCGCUGAUGUAACUGCUGUUGAGUUCCUGGGCCACGUUGGUGGUUUGGGCAUUGAUAUGGAGAUCUCUAAGAAUUUCCAACGUAUUCUACAGAAGCAAGGGCUUAAAUUUAAACUCAAUACUAAAGUCACUGGUGCCACCAAGAAACCAGAUGGAAACAUAGAUGUUUCUAUUGAAGCGGCUGCUGGAGGCAGGGCGGAAGUGGUCACUUGUGAUGUCCUCCUCGUGUGUAUUGGCCGGCGCCCUUUCACUCAGAAUCUUGGCCUGGAAGACGUAGGCAUUGAACUGGAUAACAGGGGCAGAGUCCCAAUCAACAACAGAUUCCAAACCAAAAUUCCUAAUAUCUACGCUAUUGGUGACGUAGUGGCUGGGCCAAUGCUUGCUCACAAAGCUGAAGACGAAGGGAUUCUGUGUGUCGAGGGGAUGGCGGGCGGUGCUGUUCACAUCGACUACAACUGCGUGCCGUCAGUAAUUUACACACACCCUGAGGUCGCUUGGGUCGGCAAAUCGGAAGAACAGCUGAAAGAGGAGGGGAUAGAAUAUAAAGUUGGCAAGUUUCCAUUUGCUGCGAACAGCAGAGCCAAGACGAAUGCUGACACUGAUGGCUUGGUUAAGAUACUAAGUCACAAGUCCACAGACAGAAUGCUGGGAGCUCAUAUUCUAGGCGCGGGUGCUGGAGAAAUGGUGAAUGAAGCUGCUCUUGCAAUGGAAUACGGAGCGUCCUGUGAAGAUGUCGCUAGAGUCUGCCACGCCCAUCCUACCGUAUCUGAAGCAUUCAGGGAAGCCAACCUAGCGGCAUCGUUCGGCAAAGCUAUCAACUUCUAAAGGGAAAGGAAAUCCUUAAUGUACAAAGCGCAUUUUCUUGUGAAAGUGAUGGAAAUCUUUGUGGAACGUCAAGUCUUUUAAAUACUUCUGGGACUGAAUUAAGUGAACUUUAGCUUAAAACAUGGUGUAUUUAAACCAAUUAGGGGUUUGGAAAAAUGAUUUCACCCAACAGCUAUGUGUACAAUAUGUUUGUAUUAGCUUGUAUAUAUUAAGUUCUGCAAAAGACAGAUUGUAGCAAAGUAUCUUAAGGUUGUGAAAGGUUCCAUCAUGUACUUGGGUGAAAUAUACUGGCUGAUACUC